AAGAAGAAAACAAGUCGGUUGUUGAGUUACGUUGCGGAAAACGUCGAAAAAGUGUUAAAUAAAUUGUUUUAAUUAACAAAAUAUAUUGAAAACGUUAAUUAAACAUACACCGGUGCUAAAGCCGAUAAGCUAAAAAGUUAUUUUAAUCCGAAACUGGGAUUUAAGUGUAUUUAAGAUUUUUGCGCGUUCGUUCAGCGUGGCGUGUGUAUGUACAUGUGUGUGCGUAAUAUACCUGCUAGUUGAUUGGAAUUGUGUGCAAAGGGAGAGGAAGUGGACUCGCUAUAUUGAAGCGAAGCGUUGUAACAUUAACUGAAAGCAUUGCAGAAUACACAAUUGUAUUUUGUAAAUAAUAUUGAAUAUCAGAGCCAACUAAACGAAUAUGUCGGACGAAACAAGUUUGCAGAAGCCAGAAGCCGUGCCUGAGGUCAACAACGAGGAACCGGCAGUGGAUGAGAAAAAGACACCCAAACGCACGCCGAAACGCCUCUCAUUCGUUGAACGAGCACAACGGGAGAGCGAAGAGCUUGUGAGGAAUAUGGGUGGCAGCUUGGAUGUGGCUGGUGGCCGCCGUACGCGAUCCAGUGCCCGUGGCACGCCCACGCGUGCAGCGGAGACCGUUACGCCGCCACCAAGUAAAAAGGCGCGCACAUCGCCGGGCUCUGCCAAGAGCGGUGGACGCGGUCGUGGUGCACGUAAAUUAGAUGUUGGUGCCGAUGAUGAGGUCGAGCAAGAGCCUGUUAAGCCAAAAUCUGCCGAGAAACAGGAGAAGGCAGCUACCACUCCCGCAAAGGCAGCAGCCGCAUCAAAGAAGAAGGAUAAAAAGGUGGAGAAGCCAGCAGAAGCUGAGAGUGAGAGCAAGGAAGCUGAAGAGACCACAGCAGCAUCCACUAAAUCAAAAGAAACAGUUGCCAAGCCCACAGAGAGUGGGGAUCAGCCAGAUGCAGCGGAAAAGUUGAAUGCAGUGGAGGAAGAAGAAGAAAAGCAUAACAAUGUGGACCACGCUGAGACUAGCACAAAUGACUCCGAAGAAAAGUCAGAAGUAUCUGAAGAAACAGCUAAAGUUGAGGACCCACCCAAAAGUGAAGCCACCUCCCCCAUGGAUGUGGAUGAAGAGGAAAAGAAAGAACCUGAGCCUGUUACCACAGCGAGCAGCACACCUACACCUGUUGCUGAUGCGGCUCCUGCUCCAGAACCAGUUGAAGAAACGAAACCAGCACCACCAACACCAGAAAAAGAGCCAGCUGUCGAGGAGCCCAAAUCAGUUGCUGAAGGAGUUAAGGAGCGUACACCCGAACCAAUGGAAGUCGAUGGUAGUGCCAAGAAUAAUGCCGAACCUGCGGUCACAGAGCCUGUUGCGGAGGCAGCACCAGCAGCCAAAGUGGAAGAGGUAGCAAGUGCAGUGCCGAGCACAGAAUCCAACGAUGUCUCCGUGAAGGAGGUGAAGGUAGAUGCUCCCUCAGUGCCCGAGAAGGAGGCUACCGACAGUGAGGUCAAGAGCACGCCAGUAGUGAACAACACGGCUGCUGCUGAUGAGACAAUCAAAAUCACCAACGAUGUGAGCAAACCAGUAGCAGCUGAUAAAGCUGAACCUGUUGCGGUAGAAGCGCCUGUAACGCCGGUCAAGGAGUCACAGGUGAACAGCGAAAACAAAUCAGAGCCAAAUGACAAUGGUGAGCCAAAAAUUGUCAGCCGUGCUGCAGAGGAUGGCGAGAAUCAUGCAACGCCGCAAGCAUGCAACUAAGCAGCAGCAAUAUUAAUUAAUACCGAUGAUGAAAUCCAAUAACUAUAGUACGUGCCGUAAGUGUACAAAAUGCAACGUCGAGUCAACCCGACAAGAUGCCCCAGAACUUCGUGAAAAAUAUUUCAAAAAUCCUUAACUGAGCAACCCAAUCCAAUGCAGUCUCAAUUCUCAAUGAUAGCUUCGAUGCACUUCGUCCAGCGUCAUUUGGGGCUAACAUCUGUCUGCGAUGCAGGUUGUGUAAACUUUGUUAAGUGUGAGCAAUAAUGUAACGAAACACACACACACCACAAAGCUAAUAUCUAGUUCUAACCCGCCAAUACACACACACACACACACACACACACAAACACACUCACAUGCAACACAACACAAUUACACUCACACACACACACACACAUUGACAGAAACAGACCUUGUUACAAGCAUCUUACUAUAAUAAUAUGUAUGUGUACAUUUAACUAAAUUGGAAAAACAAAGAGAAAACUAAAACAAGUACAUGAUAAAGAUAUGUAUGUAAAAUAGAUGUUUUUAAAUUUUAAGACAUAAUCUUUAAUACCAGUCUAAUACAUAUUAAAAAUUCAAUGGACUACGCUAAAAUCCAAGAAAAGAUUUUUAACAAACAAUUAAGUAAAACAAAUAAAAAUAAAACAAGAGCCUGGAAUUUAUCAAUGCCAUUCGUGUAACAUGGCUACUUACAAUAUUACAUAUACAUAUAUAUAUUUUAUAACUAUACAUAAUUUUCUUUUGAGUUGACAUUCACUUUGUUUGUGUUUGCGAAAACUGCUCACCGGAAGCAUUUAGUUUAUAACAAAAUUUACCAUAUAUAAAUUUGUAAACUGAUUAACUGAUAUAUCAAAGAAGGCGACAUUUGUAUAAGCGUAAAAAUCUUUUCCACUUAACUAAAUUACGAAUAGUGCGAAUAAUAAUCAUUUUCAAUGAAUAAUUUUUAUUAAAAUUUUAUAGCGUAAAGUACUUGAAAACACUUUCAUUUUUAUUUGUUCUGUUUUUGGUUUCCAUUAAUCUUAACUGACAUAAUCAGUUGGAGCAGUUUUUAUAUGUAGCUGGAUAGUUGUAUAAGAACAAUUUUCAUUUAAA